UUCUGCUUCCUUCUUAAAGCUACCUUUCGCAAAAGGAAACUAAAAGGUUCUCCCACACACCGUGUCAACAGUGAUGAGGAAGAUGCAAAAAAGCCAAAAGCUAAUAACCUGAGUGGUUCAGAGUCUAAAAAACAAUGGGAGAAGCAAGAGAUGCUUGUAAAGAAGCUGCAAAAUACAUUCCCUGGAUUGGACAAGAAGAAACUGAGAGAUGUACUUCAGGAACAUAACUGGGUAUUUCAGGAAGCACAAGAAGCCCUGAGAGUAUCUGCGGAAGACAAUGAAGGUGUGAAAUUUCCUUCCAAAUGUGAAGUUUCUGACUGGACCAAAGACUCUGCCAACAGCAGAUGGGAGGAGAAUAAACAGAAGCUGAAGCGGAAAUGUUCUGGGAGAGAGCGGAAUGGCUUUAGGAAAAAAAGCAAAAGUGUUUGGAGCCCUAAAAGAGAGCCAGAAGACUCGGAGAACGAGUCAGCUUCUGAAGACGGUGGUAGCUCCCUUGACCAGGACUACAGCAGUGGUGAUGAAGUGAUGGAGGAUGGUUACAAAGCUAAAAUCCUUAGCUUCCUGCAAGGUGCUUCCCCCAGUGAACUCAUGCUGAUUCACCAGUGUUCUGAGAAAAAGGUUCAGAAGAUAAUAGCGCUCCGGCCCUUUAAUAGUUGGGAAGCUCUGGUAAGUCUGCAUUCUUGUUUUAAUAUCCCCAGCAUGCCUAGAGUCAAGGUGUCUUCGGUCUAGAGAGGCAUAGAUGGGUGGCCUUAGCCUGAUUAGGCUAAAAUACUACAUUCAUUGUAAGCCAAUAGCAUUUCAAACAGUGUCAUAUGACCUAAUUUUGAAUGAAUUAAGGGGUGAUUUUGCUGAAAAACUCAAGCUGAUUGGCUGACAUUACUGUCACUCACUUUUUAGCGUAGAAACUUGGUUGAUUUCACUGCAGAAGAAGAAAUUAGAGCUUUCAUUUAGGAAGGAGGUGUUUGCUAGCCUGUUCUGAGCUGUUUUAGCUGAAAUCCCAUGCAGAAGACGAGAAUGUGGCAGAACUUUUACUGCAGCUACUUUAAUAGCAGCAGCAGCAGCAGCUUCAAGGGUAGCUCCAUGAUGAAGAUGCCAGCAAGGAUAUUUUCAGUUUCAAUGACUGUUUCUUGUCUGUCCGCGUUCUGUUCUUUUUUUUAUCUGCUUCAGUUAAGUCUCUAUCAUGGCUUUGCUAGCUAAGCAGCGCAGCCAUUUUUUUAAUGGAGCAAGCUGCUGUGUUUUUAUUAACAAAAGGUAAAGCAUCAGAAGGCUAAACCACAAUCCACAACAGAAGAGAAAGCCAUAGCUCUUGGUAAGUAGAUUAUCUGCUGUCACUGGGAUGUUACUUUCAAAUGUUUUCCAUGGUUUGUUUGUUGCCUUCACCUUUCAUGCAUUUCAGUUAAGUGCAGGACGUCAGACCUAAUGCGGGCAAUAUUCUAAUAAGAAAUUUGAAGUGCAUUAUGGCAGACUGUCUUGGUUUAAUUAUUAGUGCUUUGAAUUUUAAGUCAAUAACUGUGUAGGCCUUCUUAAAGAGUAAUUGGUAUGUGCUUUUUUUUAAAAUCAGUCUGUGUUCUGAAACCACCCCCACUAAUAUAUACACGAUCUGUUUGUAUUUUUUUAGAGAAUGAUUUCUUCAAUAUGCAUAAAAACAAUAAAUGUUAUUGUGUGUAUUACCACAAAACAACAAGAGUUACUAAAAAUGACUUUGAAGAAAACAAAAUGAUCUUUGUAAGAGUUGUCUUGCAAACGGGGGAGAUAAGAGAGAGAUCCUUGAAAAAAAGAAAAAGCGAGGUACAGAUAUGCUGCAAAAAAAAUCCGUUUUGCCUCAAGCCUUUGGCUUCUAACAGAACAUCUGUCACACGGCAGUUCCUUUCAAAACUUGUUGGGUUUUGCCUGAGCUUAAUUCUCUGCAGAAAUAUUUGCUACAGGGCUCUUAGCCCUUUUUCUGUGUAAAAUAUUUAACAGAAAAACUGUAUGGGCCUGUUCAUGUUCAAAAUAUUUCUUUCAUAAAGAUUGCUGCUGUCAGCAACCACAUGUUUGUCUAGUGUUGUGAAUACUUGCCCAAAGUAGAAGUAAUUUGCAGGAAACUUUAGCAGAUGUUUAAUAUCAGAGUGAUUUGAUUGUUUAUGAAGAUCCACUGGCUUAGUGACCCAGCAUUUUUCCCUACCAAUUAAUGGAGUGGUAGAAUAAUGUAGAGAGUUGAUUGUUCUAGCAUU